CCUGACGAUUAUGACUAAUAUCGGAGGGAAAAGAUAUAAAAGCUAAAUCUUCCAACAUUUUCACUUCAGUGAACCUCCCUCUAAAACCAAUAUACAAAUCCAAUCUCAUCAUGUGUAUGAAGGCUACCUGCUCGACCUGCAACAAAGUCACCUGGUGGGGCUGUGGAAGCCAUAUCCCUUCAGUGAUGGACUCAGUUCCCGAAGGCGAAUGGUGUACCUGUACACCUCAAGUUGAGAAGGACGGGAAGAAGUACCCUCCCAAGGCGGCGAAGGCCGGCUGACUACAAGGCUGUGUGAUCUGUUAGUUUGAAGAAGUGAGCGCCGCAUGUUUUCCAGAGAAAGCCUUGUAAAGGACUUGUUAUCGACAAAGCCUGGUGGAUCUCGACAACAUUUCAGGGGAGGGAUUUGAUGGAGUUCCGGAAAUUCGUGCCAGAUUUUAUACGUCAAUUGGAGCAGAUAUGUAACAAAAGUAUAACGAAAGACAAAAUCCAAAACAAAAUCCAAA